AUGAGUGAUAACACAGCGAACGUGCGUGAAACUAGAGCCAAGUUUGCUGAGACAUUGCAGCCGAGAAUGGGUGGUAAUACUACAAAAGUGAUACGAGCUGCUUUGGACAAAAACGAAGCCGAAAGUGGAGUGUCUAAAAUGAAUGAUAGCGGAUCGCUAGAAAAGGUCAACGUGGCCACUUCACCGCUUCUGACAUCAACACCGCCCACAAUUUCUAAGGCCCUUGUGAAGCUGUACCCUUAUUUGAUUCUCAUUGAUGGAAUACUAAACGUUAUUACGUGGACAGGAAAGAAUAUUUGGAGCAGCAUUUUGAUGCUGUGUCUUUUUAUUUCUAGCGUUGUAUAUUUUGAAACGUUGGUGAAGUACUUUGGACAUCUUGCCAUCAUCGCUAUUCUGUGGGGUUAUUCGUUAUUAGACAAUCAUAUUGAGAAUACCUUGACCUCCUCGCCAACUUUAGAAGAUAUUGCCCUACUAAUGAAUAGGGUAUCCUUGAAGUCAGAUAUUUUACUCUCUCCUAUGGUUAACCUUGGGACACAAGAUAUUCAACGGCUGCUAUACACUACGGUCAUCUUGUCUCCAAUUUACGUGAUGAUAACUUGGUUGCUCUUGCCACCAAGAAGCCUGAUGCUGAUGGUUGGUCUAUUUCUCUUGACUUACCAUUCUCCUUGGUCUAAAGUGGCUAGAAGGCUUUUGUGGAAAUUUAAGGCUGUGAGGCUACUUGUCUUUUAUGUCACUGGUCUAGACCUCGGUGGAAUAAAUAAGGAUCAGGGUAUUUUUGCAACAGUACAAAAGCAAGUGAAGAAAUUGGCAUCGACAGAAAACGCUAAUGGGGUGCUAUCUGAUUCUAAACCUAUUCGUUUUACUUAUGUUCUGUAUGAAAACCAGCGUCGUUGGUUAGGUAUCGGAUGGAAGCCUAGUAUGUUGAGUUAUGAAAGGACUCCAUGGACCGAUGAAUUUUUGAAUGAAGCACCUUCUCCUGAAAAUUUCCAUUUGCCUGAAGAAACUAGCUCUAUGGCUUGGAGGUGGGUGGACAAGACAUGGAGAUUGGACAUGACUAAUGAUGGGGCUAUUCAAGUACCCAACUCUAAGGCAAGAACCUCGGCAGAUCCUUCCCCUGAUGAAGGGUUCAUAUACUAUGAUAAUACUUGGAAGAAACCAAGUAAAGAAGAUUCCUUUUCUAAAUACACAAGAAGGAGAAGAUGGGUAAGAACUGCUGAAUUGAUCAAAGCUUCUGAUUUCGAUGAAAAAGUGAAGAAUUCAAACAGAAAUUCUGCUAUAGAACAGGAACUCGAAGUUAGCGGCACGAAUAGUUUAACCGCUGAACAAGAGCUUGAGAAUAGCGAGAAAGUUAAGGAGCAUGCAAAAAAAGUAGGGGAGCCUACAACAGAGGAAACCAAAGAAUUUGCAGAAGCAUCAAAUAUCAAUGAAGCUGGAUUUGAACAAAUACCUUCGAAGGAGGAGGAAAACUUGAAAUCUAGAGCAAGAGACCGGCUGGCAAAGGUAUUAGACGACAGUGAAGGGAAGGAACAGUCAAAUUUGGCCAUUGGCCCCGACAGUAAGAAGGCCGUGUAA